CCUGCACCACGGCGCCGCUUCCGCUCCUCUCAGCCUGGCGGCCUGGUGGGUGAGAUGCUGGCGGAAUGUGUGUGAGGCGGUGCUCUUCAAAGGGACACCCAGGUGCUGGGACAACGUCCACGGGUCCUUAUCUCUACUAAAGCCUUAUAACACAUCAGCAUUACUCACUGCUGAGCCAUUUUGGACACAGGAGGACUGGACUGUGCAGCUGCAGCAGCUGUGAGUGUGUGAGGAGGAGGAAGAAGAAGAAGCGGAAGUUGUUGGAUGUGCAGCUGUUUUGCAGAAGUUCACAAUGAAGUGCAGCGUUUUCCUGCUGCUGUUUGCAGCUUUCACCUGUGGACUCACACUGGGAGAGGACGAUGAAGCCGAGGAGGUGCAGGUGGAGACCCUGGUGAAACCAGAAACUUGCUCUGUACUUUCCUCAAUGGGAGACACGCUGCAGAUCCACUACACGGGUAAACUGAUGGAUGGGAAGGUGAUCGACUCAUCACUAUCCUUGGACCCUCUUGUGGUCGAGCUGGGGAAGAGGACAGUAAUUGCCGGUCUGGAACAAAGCUUGGUUGGCUUGUGUGAAGGGCAAAAAAUCAAAGCCACUAUUCCAUCUCACCUUGCAUAUGGAAAAAAAGGUUACCCUCCUACGAUUCCAGGUGAUGCCGUCCUUGAGUUUGAGGUGGAGGUGGUUUCUCUGACACAGCAGACACCGUGGCAGAAGAUGGUCAACAACGUGUUGCCCCUCUUGUGUUUGGCGCUGGUGCCCACUCUGCUCGGCUUAGUGGGUAUCUACCUCUACAAAAAGGCCAGUGCCGAGAAGCCUAGCAAAAAGAAGGCAAAGGACAAGAAGAUCAAGAAGAAAUAAAGACAAGGCACAGAACUAUUUAAAUAAAUUUUUUAAAUUGUA